CCUGCAGCAGAGUCUUCAGCUCCAGUGUGCUGCCAGUCACUGAGCUGCAGAGACACUCAACACAACGACGAGACAGAAAAAUCUUCAAAAACAAAAACUUUUCUUGCAUCUUUUUGUGUUUGUAUUGAAACUGUGGAUGAAAGAAGGACUUUACUGUCAUUUCCUCCAGGACUCUGCAGAACUUGUGCUCCCCAGACGCUGAAAUGCUGCCUCUCUACCUCCUGGCUCUUGUUGUCUGCGUCCGGGCCGAUGAACGGAUGAAUCCUGGCUCCUGUCACUUUGACAGUGACACCUGCGAGUUCACGUCAGACCCGGACUUCAGCAGCUGGAUUCUGCACCAGGACGGUCACUUUGUUGCCGUGGACGCGGCGGUGAGUGAUGACCAGGACGCGGGGGACAAACCUCAGAGAGAGACCACAGGAGUUCUGCUCAGUCCACUCCUGGAGCAGAGCGAGUGGAGCUGCCUGAGGCUCGUGUACCAGAUCAGCGGCUCGGGGAGUCUGGAGGUCCUGCAGCGCUCGGAGGGAAAGAGUCUGGACCGACCGCUGUGGAGCAGCCGGACGCCGUCAGACAGCUGGCUCAUCUCGAGCAUGGACCUGCAGAACAGCACUGAGCCUUACAGGGUCGUCAUUGAAGGUAAACCUGGACAGAGCGCUGGAAGCAGCGUGGCCAUCUUUGAGAUCCACAUCAGUCCCGGAUACUGCCUGGAGUGCGACUUUGAACAGUCUCAUCUGUGUGGAUACAACAACCAGUGGAACGCCAACGUCAACUGGUACGUUGGAGGUGGAGGCAGCCAGAUGCUUCACAACAACCUGCUCAAUGACCACACCUACAACAACAAGACAGGUCACUUCAUGUACGUGGACUCCGUCUACACCAAGACCUUCCAGGAAAUGGCCAAACUGGCCUCCCCCAUGACGACAGAGCCCAUGUCCGGCUGCCUGAGCUUCCAGUACCAGAGGAGCGAGGACAGAGGGAACCUGUUCUCCGUGUACGUCCGUGACCGCCUGGGUCAGUACCAGGAGCUGUGGAGGGCGGGGUCAGAAAACCAGAGCGAGUGGAGUGAGACGCUUGGACAGUGGAUACCUGUGCAGGUGGACCUGAGGGCACCAUACUCUGUUCAGGUGGUGUUUGAGGUGGCGUUUAACAGUCCAAGAGGUGGACGAGUUGCACUGGACGACAUUUCUUUUUCUCCAGAGUUUUGCAGCGCAGACACGGAGCCGACCUUUGACCCGUCCAUUGCCAACUGUGACUUUGAGUCGGGUUUCUGCCGCUACACCCAGGACCAGGGGGCGGAGUGGAGGAGGGUCUCUGUGAAGCCCAACAUAUUUAGGAACGGAGACCACACCACGGGAGCAGGAUCGUUUCUGCUGGCUCACUCUCGCCUGAGCCCCCGCACCGGCUACGUUAGCCGCCUAAUUGGUCCAACUCUGCCAGGAAACUUGAAGUUCUGCCUGAGGUUUUACUUCUCUCUGAGGGGUUUCAACCAGACGGACCAGGCUCUGGUGGUGUAUCUGCAGCAGCAGCAGCAGCAGCAGAGCGGCAGCCAGGAGAAGAUCUGGACCCAGGGAGAGAAAUCCAGAGGAAUCUGGAUCUCCACGGAUGUCACCUUCCAAACAUCGCAGCCCGCCAAGGUGGUUUUCGUCAGCACCUGUGGGAACUUCUGGGACUGCGGCUCCGUGGCUCUGGACGACAUCAGCGUCAGCCUCGGGGACUGUGAGCAGACAGAGACGGGUGCGCUCGCGUCCUCUCUGCCGGGACACUGUGACUUUGAAGCGGGACUGUGCGGAUACACUCAGGACAGACACACGGAUGCCGCGGACUGGCAGUGGAGACGAGGACCCACCCCGACCUCGUACACCGGGCCCAGAGGAGACCACAGCACCGGACUGGGAUACUACCUGCACCUGGAGGCAUCUCCCAUGCUGCCCGGGCAGAGUGUGCGGCUGCUGUCCCGCCCUCUGCGAGGCUCCAGGGGGCGCCAGUGUCUCACCUUCUUCUACCACAUGUACGGCUCGGGCACGGGCCGCCUCAGCAUCCACCUCGACAAGAGCGGAGAGGACGCGUCGCUGUGGGAACGCAGCGGCGAGCAGUGCGUCGCCUGGCUGAGAGCCAGAGUGGAAUAUCAGUGUGACAGCCAGCACCAGCUCGUGUUUGAAGCGACCAGAGGUUCAUCAGUGAGAAGCGACAUCGCCAUAGAUGACAUUGUCUUGGAAUGCGGACCCUGCCCAGAAACAGAGAUCCAGGUCACGGCGGGAACCACCAACGAGAUCGAGUAGAAGCGGAAAGCGACGGCUCUGCGAUGCGCGAACUGUUGUUUUUGUGCGUUGCAGACAACAUGAAGUGUCCACUCCUCACCCCUACAGGUCAACCGAAGAGCUUGUAGGAAUAAAUGUAAUAGUUUCUUGUUCAUGUAGUUCUCUUCUCAUGGAGGAAAAAACAACCAUAUCAGUGGUGUCAGCACUUCUCUCUGCACUGUAGCAGCAGAGAGUGUGUGUUACACUGUCUUCACAUUUAUAUGCAUUAGAUUAAUGCUCAUGGCUCAAAUAAAGUGAGACGGCUUUUC